UAUACUCUAAUAAUGAUCUGUUAUUACAUUUAUAUAAUGAUUUUCCUGAAUAUUUAUAUUCCUACAUAUGGCUACAUUCGCUCUCCCCAACCUAGACUUACGCAGCCUCCAGUUUAUUCGCGUGUUAACUUAAAACCAAGUAACGUCAAUCACGUUUUGUAUCCUAGGCCCAAGCCUAUGUCACCUGUGGUUCAACAGAAACCAAUAAUUAAAAUUCUGAGACGUCGUCCUAAUCCUACUCCAUGUGGUGUCUCCACUUGCAAACCCGGAUACUUUAUGCCCAGACCAAAUUCUCCAGUCGCUCCUCCCAGAAUCAAGAUUAGACGACCUCAUAUAGGUAUGUCGCCAUCAUCACAUGCAAAAUUAUUUAAUAAUUCGAAGCACCGACACAGUAUACAUACCUUUUUAAAAUCCAAUGAUAUCAGCAAUGUGAUGGUCAAAUUGCCUGGAUCUAGGAGAAAACUACCGCCUCCAGAUAUAUCAUCAUCAUUAUCAAAUCACCAUGCAAGUUCAUCAAAUACUUUGAAGAAAAAAGACACUAUUUAUCACUUUUUAAAAUCCAAAAAUUACAGCAAUGUGCUAGUGAGAAUACCAGGAGCUAGAAGACGACCGCCUUCAGAUGGGUCAUCAUAUAAACAUGCAAGCCCAUUCGAUAAUUCAAAGAAACAUUCUUAUACCUUUUUAGGAUCCAGUAACACCAGCGACGUGAGAGUCAACAUUCAAAGAUCCAAAACAAUACCACCUCCUAUAGAUAUCUCUAAACUUGAACCACAAUAUAUUCCAGGACGCUACAAGAUACCCAAACAACAUAUUUCUCAAGAUAUAAAUCGCACAUGCAAACCAAGGCCUAAGCCAAAAACGUCUAUCCCUCCAGGCGAAGUCUCUGUACCAGAAUUUAUAGAAUCAGUAACAAACAUUUCAGAAGGCUCAGUCGAACCAAUUUCAGAAAUCGAUUACAGCGUUGAAUAUGAAGAUUAUGAUACUCAUGGGAAAGGCUUGGCACCAGAACAUGCAAUAUCAGUAAAUAACAUCCCUGAUAAUGGCAUCGAACCACUUACUGAAAUUGAUUAUAGCGUUGAAUAUGAGGAUGCACCAAAUAUUACUUAUGGCAAAAUCAUGCCGGAAUCUAUAGUAACGGCAACUAAUAUCUCGGAGGGUUUAAUCGCACCACAAUCAGUAAUUGAUUACAGCGUUGAAUAUGAAGAUGAUUCCCCAAACGGAGAGACCUCUACCGAUUGUUAGUCUGUAUAAACU